GAGGAUGUUUUCCCGUAUCCAGAAAUUACCAAUGAAGAACUAGAGGAGAUCAACCAGUUUGUAGGACCUGUAGAAAAAUUCUUCAGAGAAGAAGUGGACUCUAGGAAGAUUGAUCGAGAUGCAAAAAUCCCACCUGAAACUUUAAAAGGACUGAAGGACUUGGGUCUCUUUGGCAUGCAGAUUCCAGAGGAAUAUGGUGGUCUUGGGCUGUCAAAUACCAUGUAUGCACGGCUGGGAGAAAUCACUUCCUUAGAUGGAUCCAUCGCAGUUACCCUGGGAGCUCACCAAGCUAUUGCUCUUCCUUUGUGCCCAGGAAUCCUCAUUGCUGGCACUGACGAACAGAAGGCAAAGUACCUGCCUAGACUGGCAUCUGGGGAGCACAUUGCAGCCUUUUGUCUCACUGAACCCGGAAGUGGAAGUGAUGCUGCGUCCAUCCAGACAAGAGCAACCCUCAGCGAAGAUGGGAAAUACUUCUUGUUAAAUGGCUCCAAGGUGUGGAUAUCAAACGGUGGCCUUGCUGAUAUUUUCACAGUGUUUGCCAGGACAGAGGUUGUUGAUAAAGAUGGACAAGUGAAAGACAAAAUUACUGCUUUCAUCGUAGAGCGGGAUUUUGGUGGAGUCACCAAUGGGAAACCUGAGGAUAAGUUAGGCAUUCGAGGAUCCAAUACCUGUGAAGUGCAUUUUGAAAACACAAAAGUGCCUAUAGAGAACGUAAUUGGAGAAGUAGGAGGGGGAUUUAAGAUUGCCGUGAAUAUCCUAAACAGUGGAAGAUUUAGCAUGGGCAGUAGUUCUGCUGGAAUGAUUAAAAAAUUGAUAGAAAUGACAGCAGAGUAUGCUUGUACCAGGAAGCAAUUCAAUAAGAAACUGAGCGAGUUUGGAUUAAUUCAGGAGAAAUUUUGUUUUAUGGCUGUGAAAGCAUAUGUAAUGGAGAGUAUGGCUUACCUCACUGCAGGAAUGAUGGACAGGCCGGGAUUUCCAGACUGCUCCGUGGAGGCAGCCAUGGUCAAGGUGUUCAGUUCUGAAGGUGCAUGGGCUUGUGUAAGUGAAGCACUGCAGAUUCUUGGGGGCCUUGGCUACAUGAAAGAUUACCCCUAUGAACGCUAUCUCAGAGAUACCAGGAUACUUCUGAUUUUUGAGGGAACAAAUGAAAUACUGCGACUCUAUAUUGCCUUGACGGGGAUGCAGCAUGCAGGCAGGAUCUUAACUGACAAAAUUAAGGAAAUCAAGAAAGGCAACAUGGGAGUGGCGCUGGGGGAGUUUCUAAACAAACUGCGGGACACGAUGGGCAGAAAAGUGGAUUAUGGGCUGGUUGGCGAUCGCGGCGUGGUGCAUCCCAGCCUCCAGGAAAGUGGCCAGAAACUUGAAGAAAACAUUUAUUAUUUUGGAACUACAGUGAAAGGCCUGCUAAGUAGGUUUGGCAAGACAAUAGUGGAUGAGCAGUUGGUUCUGAAGAGAGUGGCAGAUAUAGUUAUUAAUAUAUAUGCAAUGACAGCAGCUAUUUCCAGAGCCAGCCGGUCCAUCAGUAUCGGCCUGAGGAACCACGACCAUGAAGUGCUUCUUACAAAUAUUUUCUGCACAGAAGCAUAUUUCAAGAAUAAUUAUGCCAUGGCUCAAUUGCAAAAAUAUGCAGAUGAAAACCUGGAUGACUAUAUUAAAAAAGCUGCGAAGCAGGUACUGGAAAAGAGAGCCUAUAUCUGUUCUCAUCCACUGGACAGGACAUUCUGA